UUGAAACUUGCAAAGAAAGUACAUUCAGAGUUGAAAGCUAUUUGUUUUUCUCCUCUGCAUGCGCAUAUAUCUAUAUGUAUGAUCUGACGGGUCUUUCCAGAUCUAUAUGUAUGACCUAUGAACAUGAGGUUGGCUCUGUUCUUCUUCAUCCUUUUGCUCCUCACAGUUUGGUCCACAUCCUUUGCUUCUGCAACAAAUUUACCAGACGAUGAAGUGAAAGCGCUGAAAGAUAUAGCGGAGACGCUGGGGAAGAAGGAUUGGGACUUCGGGGUAGAUCCAUGCAGCGGGGAAAAUGGAUGGAUUACGCCUAAUCCUGUUCAUGGAGAUGAAAAUAACGUCACCUGCGUUUGCUCUUUUCUCAAAGUUGAAAAUGCCACCGUCUGCCACGUCACCAACAUACUCCUGAAAGGACAAAAUCUUCAAGGCAUGCUCCCUCCUGAACUGGUCAGGUUACCCUAUCUUCAAGAAAUUGAUCUCUCUCGCAAUUACCUGAACGGCACAAUCCCUAAAGAAUGGGGCUCCUUGAAUCAUCUUGUCAAUAUUUCCAUAAUUGGAAAUCGACUAACGGGACCAAUCCCAGCAGAGCUAGGAAAUCUCACCAGUCUCGAAAGCAUGGUUUUGCAGUUCAAUCAGUUAUCUGGAAAUCUACCCCCGGAGCUUGGGAAUCUUUCCCGGAUUCGACGACUGUUUCUUACUUCCAACAAUUUUUCUGGGGAAUUACCUGCAACAUUUGCAAGGCUCACUAGAUUGAUAGACUUUCGAAUUGGUGGCAAUCAAUUUACUGGAAAGAUACCCAGUUUUAUUGGGAGCUGGACGAGUCUAGUGAAACUUGUGAUCGAAGGGGGUGGUUUUAGUGGGCCAAUUCCUACAGAAAUCUCGUUUCUGCAUAACAUGACUGACUUGAGAAUUAGUGACUUGAAUGGACCUGAUUCCACUUUUCCACAGCUUGCUAGGAUGACAGGAUUGAAGAGACUGGUAUUAAGGAGUUGCAAUAUCACUGGAACAUUACCUGAGUAUCUUGGAAAAAUGACCAGUAUAAAAUCCUUAGAUCUCAGCUUUAACAAAUUAACUGGACAAAUUCCAAGCUCCUAUGCUGGCUUAAGAAAAGCAGACUACAUAUAUUUAACUGGAAACCUUCUCACUGGACCAGUGCCCGAGUGGGCAGAUCGUUCUGGCUUUGUAGAUCUUUCCUACAACAACUUCAGCGUUGGAAACCCAGGGCAGCCAGCAUGUAAAACGGGCAAUGUGAACCUGUUUUCAAGCACUUUGACAGGGAAUGACUCGGGAGCAGUUCCAUGUUUGAGCGGCUUUCGCUGUCCUAAAACAUGGUACUCUCUACAUAUAAACUGUGGUGGCCGGCAAUUAACAGUAAACGAAAGUACAAUAUUUGAAGAAGAUUCAGAUGGAUCAGGAUCAGCAAGAUUUCACCGGAGUGACACAAACUGGAUAAUGAGCAGUACUGGUUACUUCAUGGAUAAAGAACGCGUAGAUUACUACACCGUGCGGAGUGCAUCAGCACUCUCUAUAACCAAUGCUGAAUUAUACAUGAAUGCACGUGUUUCUCCGCUCUCUCUGAGUUAUUUUGCGUUUUGCAUGGGAAACGGAAACUACACAGUAAAGCUCCAUUUUGCUGAGAUAAUGUUCACAGCCGAUAAAACAUAUAGCAGCCUCGGAAGGCGCGUCUUUGAUGUCUAUAUUCAGGGAAAGCUGGUGCUGAAGGAUUUCAAUAUUGCAGAAGAAGCAGGAGGAGUUGGUAAGGCUGUCGUCAAAGAAUUCACUGGUAUUGUGACUAGGAAUUCAUUGGAGAUCCGCCUAUAUUGGGCUGGGAAAGGGACAACUGCUAUACCAUAUAAAUCACUAUAUGGUCCGCUCAUCUCUGCCAUAUCUGUGGAUCCUGACUUUAAACCCCCAUUGGAAAAUGGAAGUAGCAUAUCUGGAGGGACAGUGGCUGGCAUUGUGGUUGCGGGAGCAAUGAUUGUAAUCCUGGUUUUCGGUAUACUUUGGCGGAGAGGCAGUCUAGGACCCAAAAAUUCACUGGAAAGAGAGCUAAGGAAUUUAGAUCUGCAAACUGGAAUAUUUACUUUAAGGCAAAUUAAAGCAGCAACAAACAACUUUGACGUUGCCAAUAAGAUUGGAGAAGGAGGAUUUGGUCCUGUCUACAAGGGCUUUCUGUCAGAUGGUACUAUAAUAGCAGUUAAGCAGCUUUCGUCAAAAUCAAAGCAAGGAAAUCGGGAGUUUAUAAAUGAGAUAGGCAUGAUUUCUGCUAUGCAACAUCCUUGUCUUGUCAAACUUUAUGGCUGUUGUGUUGAGAGAGAUCAAUUAUUGCUGGUAUAUGAAUACAUGGAUAACAAUAGUCUUGCUCGUGCCUUGUUUGGCCAAGAAGGUCAAUUACAUUUAGAUUGGCCGACAAGAUACAAGAUUUGCAUUGGUAUUGCUAGAGGUUUGGCUUUCCUCCAUGAAGAGUCAAGAUUGAAGAUCGUUCAUAGAGACAUUAAAGCCACCAAUGUGCUGCUCGAUAAAGAUCUCAAUCCAAAGAUAUCUGAUUUUGGUUUGGCCAAACUUUAUGAGGAGGACAAUACCCAUGUCAGCACCAGAAUAGCUGGGACAUAUGGAUAUAUGGCUCCUGAAUAUGCAAUGCAUGGUCAUCUAAGUGACAAAGCAGAUGUCUAUAGUUUUGGUAUUGUUGCAUUGGAACUUGUUAGUGGGAAGAGCAACAACAUGAACCACAGCAUCCAUCUUCUUGAGUGGGCACAUUUCUUAAAGGAAAACUACAAUCUAAUGGAGAUAGUUGAUCCAAGGUUGAAAUCAAAGUUUAUAAAAGCAGAGGCUAUGGUGAUGAUCAAUGUAGCUUUUCUAUGCACAAAUGUGACUGCAUCACUUAGGCCCAACAUGUCCUCAGUGGUAAGCAUGCUUGAAGAACGAACAGUUCGGGAGGUGGUUUCAGAUGGAAGUGAGGCAUUGGAUGAGAUGAAGAGGCGGAAGUAUUACCAAAAUAUAGGGGAAAAUAGCAUAUCAGUCGGGUCAUCAUCUAUUGAUUCACCUAAAUCAGUUACAGAUCUCUAUCCUGUUCACUUGGAUUCCUCUUACUGGAUGAAAAGAAAUUAG